ACGGCUAAUGCUACGCGGAUGGAAGGCCACGGUGGGCGUCUGGCGGCCUUGUCCCGCCACAGCCUUGUGGCGCUGUCGCUGCUCACGCUCAUCUCGGGCACCCUGGCGUUCCUUGCGUACGUCGUCUUCGUCCCAGUCCCGGGUGGCGGCGCCGGCUCCGGCGGACUGAUGUACCAGUGGCGGAGAUGCCAGGAUUCCGCGGGCAGGUCUGAUGGCGACGACGGUGGGACUAUGGCUGGCGGCGUCGCUCGCGCACCGACGUCACUGUCGCACAUCGUGUUCGGCAUCGGCGGCGCGGCUCGGACGUGGGGCCACCGCCGCGGGUACGUGGAGCUGUGGUGGCGCCCCGGGCGGACGCGCGGCCACGUCUGGCUCGACGAGGAGCCGGCGGGUCCGUGGCCGGCGGCGACGAGCCCGCCGUACCGCGUCUCGGCGGACGCGUCGCGGUUCGGGCGCCGGGCGGCGGCGUCCCGGAUGGCGAGGAUCGUGGCGGACUCCUUCGCGGCCGUCGCCGCGGCGAACGGCACGGGGGAGGAGGAGGUGCGGUGGUUCGUGAUGGGCGACGACGACACGGUGUUCUUCCCGGACAAUCUGGUGGCCGUGCUGCGCAAGUAUGACCACGAGCAGGCGUACUACGUCGGGGCGCCGUCGGAGAGCGUGGCGCAGGACUUGACGCACUCGUACGGCAUGGCGUUCGGCGGCGGCGGGUUCGCCGUGAGUUACCCGGCCGCCGCCGAGCUAGCCGGGGCCAUCGACGGCUGCCUCGACCGGUACAGGGAGUUGUUCGGCAGCGACGAGCGCGUCCAUGCCUGCCUCAGCGAGCUCGGCAUCCCGCUCACCCGGGAGCCCGGCUUCCACCAGCUGGAUCUCCGCGGCGACGCAUAUGGGCUUCUUUCGGCCCACCCGGUGGCGCCGCUGGUGUCGCUCCACCACCUGGACCUUAUCGAGCCCAUAAGCCCACACGGUCGGACCGCGCUGGACGCGGUGCGGUCGCUGGUCGAUGCAGCCCAGCUCGAUCCGGCCCGGUCGCUGCAGCAGGCCUUCUGCUACCACAACGACAGCGGCGGCUCGGAGGGCAGCAACAACUGGUCCGUCUCGGUCGCGUGGGGCUACGCCGCGCAGCUGUACCCGUGGGCUGUUCCGGCCCAUCAGCUGGAGGUCCCUCUACAGACAUUCGAGGCCUUGCGGGGGAGGCCCGAUGGGCCGUUCUUGUUCAAUACCAGGCCCUGGAGGCCCGACGACGCGUGCGCCCGGCCCUUGACGUUCUUCCUUAGCCAUGCCCGGAACGAGACCUACGGGGCGACGGCGGCGGCGGCCACCGUGACGGAGUACUCGAGGCACGCCGGCGGGAAGUCGAUGGAGAAGGAGUGCGACAAGCCCAGCUUGCGUUCGGCUGCGGCGGUUCAGACGGUCAGGGUCCUGGCGCCCAAGAUGAAUCCUGCUGAUUGGGAACGGGCGCCACGGAGGCAGUGCUGCAAGACGGCGUGGGCUAGGCGUGGCUCGGUUCUGGAGGUACGGAUUGGACGGUGCCGUAGAGGAGAGCUCGCCGUCGUCUCCUCUCCGUAGAUCGUAGAUUCAUAUAAGAUUAUCAGUCCAUCUGUUCUAAUCUCAGCAACAAGAAUUCGAUACUGAUCGACGAAGCGAAUAAUAACUCUCACCGUGUGGUUGCCUGAGAAAUAACCUAUCCAGGCUAUUUUCUCUGAACCAGCGGUAUUGUUCACGGCUAGAUUCUCAACAUUUUCUGUAGUAGUGCAAAUUGGUGCCUCUAAUCCUAAGGUAUCUACCGAUCAUCUUUAGUGCAAAUUGGUGACGUCUUUUACUUCUUCGAAGAAGAUGUCACAAUAGUGUACAUUCCAAAUGCAUAAAUGAAAAAAAUGCAUAUGAGUUUUACUAGAGAUAGGGAUGUACAUGAUACGCUUGCCACCAAAUUUAAUUAAACUCAACUUAAAUAAAGUGGGCGAAGUCAUUUCCUACAA